AUCCAUCAUCAAAUCGAUCUAGCAUACGCCCCACUGCAUUGCCUCGAUCACUCAACAACCCCAAAAUCACGCUCCAUUCCCUUCCGCAAAUAUACCAUGAGACUGCACAAUCAACCGCUCCAAACAAGCCGGGCUGGAAAUACACUGACACCGCCUACGUCGCACAACCCAUACGCGAAUCCACCCUGUCGAUGUCGAACCGUGGUACGAUCUCGCCGCAUUCUAGUUCGCGUGUCCUCGCAUUAUAGACAGCCUACAUCACCACCGCAGCCUAUACGUAAACACAAACCUCUCCUACCCCACCUACUACCUGGCGUGCAAAUCAUACACAUACCGACCUCCAAGCCCUAUCCUCUAUUUAACACGCACGUUUUCAUUCUGAAUCACGCUUGCAUUGCAUAUCCCAUCCCGUCGUUCCCUGAACUGCACUCUACCACUCCCGUCCACCCCCGAGAACCUCCCAACCGCUACUAGUCCGUUGGUUACUUAGUCGGACGAAAGACCCGGGAAAGAAACGGGAAUGGUGUAAACACUGGACAGAAAUGCGAGGCGAGGGGAGAAAGACAGCAAAGACAGUUCUGUGAAAGCGAGAAGGGUGAUUGGCGACUUGAAAGGUAUGAGG